AGUUUAUAAUGGAACUUCACAAAACAGAAAGCUUCAGAGCCAAAUGAAACCUCCCUGUCUGGCAAGUCAAACGGGACAACUCUCGCGUCACGGAUUAUCUCCAGAGUAAAUAAACUGGAUCCCAAUUAUAUUGCACACAUAGCAAUGAGUAGUUCCAUCUCGCUGUGAGCUGUCGUGAGGAGCGAAAAGUCCGAGUGCAUAUAUAUCUGUUGAUCUUACUGGCUAUCUAUAACUGUUGCAGAAUUCUUGUGACUCGUAACAAAUUUAUAACUUUGCUGACCCCGACGUCCCUGAGAAUGAAUCCGUUUGACAAGUAUAUGAAUGACAACUUCAGUACUGCUGCUGAGACAUAUCAGACGGUUUUUAGCACAUACGACAAGAACAGCGAUGGGUUUCUUGAUGAAACAGAGUUUACAGAGUUAGUCAAGAAUUUGUUUAAUGCAAAGGGAGAUGACACUCGGAUUCCGUCUCAGUUGGAUACUCUUUUCUCGAUCAUUGACCUGAAUCAGGAUGGUCUAGUUAACCUAGAAGAGUUCCGUUAUGCUUGGUUUUAUUGGAUUAGACAGAUUCUCAGACCAGUGAGAGCAUUGAUCGUGGUGGAUGUUCAGAAUGACUUUAUCUCUGGUUCCCUAUCCUUGUCUAAAUGUGCUGCUGGUCAGGAUGGUUCCGCGGUUGUUCCUGUAGUCAACUCUUUGUUGAAUCAAGACUUGUUUGAUAUUGUUGUUUACUCCAGUGACUGGCAUCCUGAGGAUCAUAUCUCAUUUGUGGAAAAUGUCAAGAUGAGAACCAUGCACCCUACUUCAAAGACUGAUGCUGAAAGCGCUAAGGUGCUGGACACUGUAGUGUUUGAGUUUAAAGGAGUUCCCCGUGUUCAAACCUUAUGGCCGAAGCACUGCACUCAGGGAAGCUGGGGAGCUCAGUUGCAUCCGGAUUUGAAGGUGGCUGAGAAAGCUUUUUACAUAAACAAGGGCAUGAAUCCAGAUGUGGACAGCUACUCUUCAUUUUGGGACAAUGACAAACUUUCAAAGACUGAGCUGUCUACUAUCCUUAGUGAAAAUCGAGUCACAGAUGUCUAUGUUUCUGGACUUGCAUAUGAUGUAUGUGUGGGUUUUACCGCCCAUCAUGCUGUUGAGCAUGGGUUUCGGACAAUCUUCAUCGAGGAUGCUGCGAGAGGGGUAUCGCUAGACGGAAUUGCCAAGAUGCGUGAGGAUUUGCUGGCCAGGGGUGUUUACAUGACAGAUUCUUCUGAAGUUCCAGCACUGACAAAGUCAGAGGUCCGGCCCCUCUGUCUGGGCAUCCAAGCUGCGCUGAACUACCAGGUGGCCUGGAAGAUUGUCAAACAAAAGACACAGUCUUCUUAGUCAACUCAACUGCUUAGAGACAGAGCAAGUUAAAGCUUUUUAUUUUUAUGUUCAAUCCUCUAGCCGUUUCUUUUUUUUUACCCUAUUGACCAGAUUUUUUACAAUUAGUAUUUUUCUGUUUUAUAAGUGUUAAUUGAAAUAAGUCAUUUUUCUGCAUUUAAUUUGUUUUCGAGAAUGUCCUAAGAACCUAGUCAUGUUUUGUCUUUUAAGAUGUACAAGGUAGCUGCUGUUCUGAGACAUUUGACUCUCACACCUUCUCAUCUUUAUUAAAUCAAAGAAUGAGACCAUCCACCUACAGGUCGGAGGUUUUCUUGAUUUUUGUUUGCUAGAGGUGUUUGAAAUCAUUUUUAUUACACAUGCAGCUGUGAAAUCUUUGUGAACAUUUUAAUUUCCAACAGAAAAACUUAUGAUGUGCGGUGAUACUAACAAUUACAGUGCUAACAUCUCUUGCCAAAAUACCUGGUUUGAUUCCCAGUUAGGGCAAGUGCAGUUUUUUGAAAAAUGUAUUAUUUUGUCAGGUUUUUUUUACCCCUGGCCCCAGUAUAAAAGGAUUAUGUUCCUAUUCUUCUCAACUGACUACUAAAACCUUUGAAAUAAAUUGUAUGUCAGAUGUGCUGUUAAAGUUAAAAGUGGAAGAUGUGCUGGCUUGCCCUGGGUGGAUUUUCACCCAAAGUUGUUGAUUAGUCCCUGCGCAAUAACGAAGGAACCCAGGUCAGUGAACUGAAGGUAUCUUGGCAUUCGUUUGAAAGCGGCUUUUAACUUUUAGCUAAGUUACAGGCAAGAGACAUUACGUUUCAAGAGACAAAAAAGGACAUCUGUAAAAAUUCAAUUGUUAUGUGAGUUUCUAAAUUUUCUUUGAGAUCUAAAACAAGAUUAAAAAACUGAAGAAAAAAAUACACUUACUAAUAUGACUGUACACAAUGCAUUUUUUUAUACUUUAUUUAUUUUUUAUUUUUUUGUUACCCGUUUUACUUAAGUAUUUCAUGAAACAUUCCAAAAUGAUCAGUUUGAGAUACCCUUCAUAUACAUAUUUCGAUGUUUACUUCAAUUUCUUGCCUUACACGUGAAAGCUAUUCUUGUUUUUUAAAAAGAAUUACUUUAGUGCUGUGAUAUAUGCUGAAGGCAAGGUAAAAGUUUCAUCACAUUUUUCUAGAAGCGUUCAGAACCUUUUCAUGCUUUGUUAAUGCACCUAUGGCUGGGAUGGAAUAUUGUAUGCUUUUAUCUGACAGUUGGCAAUAAAAUUUUGCAGUUGGCAAUCAGUAAGGUCUAAAGAAAUAUACAAAGCUUUGAAAUUUAAGUCAAAAUGUUGUCCGUUCUGUCAUGCCAAAAGAGUUGUAAUUAAUUUGUAUUUUAUUCAAAUAGAGCUACGAGUUACUCUUCUAAUUAUUUGUUAUAUUUGUUGAUGUCUUUUUUUUUCAACAUGAUGCAUGAAAGAAAAGCUUAUUUAUGUUUCUCUUUCAUAUAUUGAUAAAACGGACAAGCUGCUUGUCUACAAAUUUAAUUUGAGCAUUAAGAAAAAAACCUGUUUAUUUUUAUAGAAAUUGUAACGGAGGUGAAAGACAUUGUUCAUUUAGAGAGAUUUAAGAAAAGAUUGGUACUGGAUCUAGCCCCUGCACUUAUGAUGGGCAAUUUUACCUCUCAAAAUUGUGGUGGGGUAACGUGUAUAAAAGAUACUGCAACAUGACAAGGCUGAACAAUUAAGAGGAGCAUUAGAGAAAUACUCAACCAUCUUCAGGGUCACAGCAGAGGCAAUUAAGACAGUUUAAAGUAGUAGCUUGCACAGAUAUAAGUGAAAAAUUAUCAUUUUCACAGUUACUCUGUUGGCAUUAUAUGAUCUUCAGAUACCUAUCGUAUGAAAUAUGCUAGACAUAAAUGCGCUUUGGACUAUCGUGGCAGCCCUCACCACUAAGACUCCACUAAUCCUUCAGUGUAUCGAUGCUAACUUUACGUCUAGGGUCAAUAUCAUUGGCGCCAAAGUGAUAUCUGUUAGAAAUCUUUCUGUUGCCUGUUCUUUCUUACCAACGGGACAGUAUGUCAGAUUUUUGUGGUUUGUAAAAUUUAUCUGAAAUCAUAUUGAUUAGAUGAGAGCAGAUUAAGUUUCUCAGUAUUAUUAUAUACAGUGACCCUUGUAUGAAAUUAGAAUGACCUGUAUUACAUCAUCAUCAUCAUCAUCAUCAUCAUCAUCAUCAUCAUCAUCAACAACCUUUCUUACCCUGUGCGGGAGUAUAGGUCACCAACAAGAACUCUCCAUGUUCUUCUAUCCUGAACUAUAGUCUCCACUGCUGUCCAGCUUUGUCCCAUCUCCUUCAGGUCUGAACUUAAGCCCCUCCUUCGAGUACUUAUAGGUCUUCCUUUCUUUCUCUUACCUUGUGGUUUUCAUCUUAAGGCUUGGUGGGUAAUGUUUAUAUUCAAGGUGUGUCCAGUUUGGCACUGUUACCUUUUUUUUUUUCUCUAAUGCCAAUUACCCUUUGUCCCAUCUCCAGUUUUAUUUUGCUUAGAGUGAAGCUAAAUUCCACCAAGAAGAUUGUCCUUUGUCAAAAUCCAGAGUUCUGAUCUUUAAAAUGUCUUGGUCGUGAAACCAGUGUUCAUCAACCUUGUUCCCUCUAUCAUCAUUGAUGUUUGAUUUCUGCGUCUUUGUUGAAGUUAAACAGAAUGGAACUAUACCACAGCAGUUUUGUUCACAUUUUGCAUUUUUGACUCAUAUACAAAAGGGUAUAAGCGGCUGAUUAAAAAAAAAAAAGACUA